UGAAGAUUAUCUUAGUCAAAAGUACCAAAAUGUCCCUGAUUUAGACAGCUAGCACUUGUGAUUGGCCAAAAGUCUAAGAAAACACCUAGUACUGUUUCACUGUCUGUCUGAGCUGUAAUCCCAGACUCAGAAAAACAAAAUUUUGAAAAGGGGGAGUUGUAUUUAGAAGACAAAGUCGUCUUCUUUCUCAUCAUCGAAUACUUGAAAGUGUCUGUGUGUUCAUAUUUUUUUGUUUUGUUAAGAGAGAGAGAGAGAGAAAGAGAGAGAGAAAAGAAUUUUGUGAGGGGUAAGAUCUGAGAUGGCAACUUUUGGAGGAACAACCCAGAAGUGUAAGGCGUGUGAGAAGACUGUGUAUUUGGUUGAUGAGCUCACUGCUGAUAGUAAAGUCUAUCACAAGGCUUGUUUUAGAUGCCACCACUGUAAGGGUACUCUCAAGCUGUUCAAUUAUUCCUCCUUUGAGGGUGUUUUAUAUUGCAAGCCUCACUUUGAUCAACUGUUUAAGAUGACUGGGAGCUUGGAUAAGAGUUUUGAAGGAACUCCAAAAACUGUUAGGGUUGAGAGAUCUGCUGAUCAGGUCACAAAUAGCAGAGUCUCCAGUAUGUUUGCUGGAACUCAGGAGAAAUGUGUUGCUUGUAAGAAAACUGUUUACCCAAUUGAAAAGGUGGCAGUUGAUGGCACAUCAUACCACAAAGCCUGCUUCAGGUGUACUCAUGGAGGUUGUGUGAUCAGCCCAUCAAAUUAUGUGGCUCAUGAACAUCGUCUCUAUUGUAGGCAUCACCACAAUCAACUCUUCAAGCAGAAGGGUAACUUCAGCCAACUUGACAACCGCGAACAGGUUAAAGGGAUGACUGAGAACACAACAGCUUAGUGAAACUGUGAAAUUUUCUUGUUUUAAUGUGAGAAUCUGUGUUUGGUUGGAUAGUGAAUUUCCAAGCAAGAGUCGGGACGUUGAAGCAUACAAGAAGAGCUAUGUGAUUUUAUUUCUUUUUUUAUAUACAUAUAAUUUGUCAUUGCAAAAAAAUGUUUGGUAGAGGAGUUUUGGUUUUUGCCGAAAUUUUGUGUGGUGAGCUCUAAAUUGACAAAGGCUUGAAAGAGUUGAUUGUUCAGUCCCUAACAGUGAAUAAUGUGAAUAGCCGAAAUGGUUUCUGUGUGCUCAAAGGUUUCAAGCUUGAUCUGGUUAAAGAUUGUUUAGGAGUAGAUUCCUCUUCGAUUA